UAACCGAAUUUAUUUUUCAACAUGUUUUAUGAAAAGGCAAAAAUUAAUUUGUUGAGAAAUUUAAAUUAAAAAAAAUUAAUUUAAUAAACGUAACGUUUAAUCAAGACAUAAAUAGAAUUAAGAAUAACACUUAUAACAAUUUUCAAUUGGGUUAUUAAUCAAAAUACAUAUAUGAAAAUUACCAAACAUCAUUUAGUGGUUCUGCGUGCUAGUUUUCGGGCAUCCUUCAAACGAUUGCAUUAAGCUAAUUUUAAGCAAAUGUAGAGACAGCGAUGAAAAUAUCUUUCCAUCAUAUCAUAUGCAUAUCUCCUCUUCCUUCUGAAACAUGGAUGUGAUGAUGUUUAUUAGGAUCUUGUUGAAUACUUACCUUCUGGCUUCCUUGAUAGUCAAACCAUCUCAUAUGCAACGAAACAACUGGAGGAAGAGACAUUCUGUCAGAGAGAAAAAGAGCAUGUCAACAUUCUUCAACGAGCUUCUUGGCGGGUACAAGGCCGACGAACCCCCGAUGAAAGAUCGACCGACUGAAGUGCACAUCGGCAUCUACAUCAACAGUUUCUUCUCCAUCAGCGAGCAGACGAUGGACUACUCGGUGAGCAUGUACCUGAGGCAGCAUUGGAGGGACCCCAGGCUCUGCUAUAUCCCCCUCUCGAGGAAAACUAUCUCAGUCAGGCUGGGCAACGGUCUGUGGAAAUACAUCUGGAUACCCGACACUUUCAUCCGCAACGAAAAGCGAGCCACUUUCCACGAGGUGACAGUUGAGAAUCGCCUGCUGAGGCUGAACACAACCGGCUACAUGUGGUACGUCACCAAGAUAACAGCCACCCUGUCUUGCAUGAUGAAGCUGCAGAAGUACCCGCUGGACACGCAGACGUGUCAGAUGAUGUUUGAGAGCUUUGGCAAUACAAUGGAUACCAUGUAUUACACGUGGUUCAACAACUCCAUCGAAAUUGAAAAAAAUCUCGAAUUGCCACAGUUCUCACUUAUAAAAACAUUGGAAGACGACUGUUCGCAAAACUAUACUGCAGGAUUUUUCUCCUGUCUCUCUCUCGAGUUCGUAUUGCACAGGGACAUUGGUUUUUUCAUAAUCCAGGUGUACAUACCCAGCAUGUUGAUCGUCAUCCUCUCCUGGGUGUCCUUCUGGAUCAACAUCGAUGCCUCGCCUGCCCGCGUCUCUCUCGGCCUCCUCACUGUCCUAACAACCACAACAAUGAGUGGGGGCGCCAGAGAAUCUUUGCCAAGGGUGUCGUACAUAAAAGCCAUAGAUGUGUGGAUGAUUGUCUGUCUUGUUUUUGUAUUCGCUUCACUCAUCGAGUAUGCAGUGGUCAACGUUGUUUCCAGGAAGGUCAGAUCAGUUCGCCCCUCAUCAACCAAUGAAAAUCGUUUGCACAUCCACACUAUGACGUCACUUUUCAGGGCAACCAACCAGAGUAGCGGUGCGAACGAUGAAUUUUGCCACAGUACAAACAACAAUUGUCACAAUCUACUGGAUUACAUUGCCCAUCUUUUCCAGUUCAAACCGAGCAAGGAAAACAAGGAAGUCUACGGCGCAACAUCGUGUGACAAGUCUCGAGACAUCGAGGAGAGCAGGAGGAAAGCUCGUUCGAUUGAUAAAGUUGCAAGAAAGGCGUUCCCCCUCGGUUUCGUUAUCUUCAACCUCAUUUAUUGGUUGUACUACACACAGUUUGCCGUUUGACCGUUUUUUUUACAUAAUUUGCCUUUUUCUUAUUUCUAUUUUAUAUAAUAUUUUUAUCCACAAAAAUUAAUUUGUCAGUUUUAUUAAUUUGGCGGUGAAAAUGUUUUUGGAACAAAUA